AUGCUUCCUUCGUUUCCGAGUGUCACAUUCCCGAAUCACUAUACGCUCGCAACUGGCCUCUAUCCAGAAGCACAUGGAGUCGUUGGCAAUACUUUCUGGGAUCCUAACUUGCAAGCCGAGUUUUACUACACCGAUCCAUCAAGAAGUAUGGACCCGAAGUGGUGGAAUGGAGAGCCCUUCUGGGUAACAGCAGAGAAGCAAGACAAGUACAACGGAAAAGAAAAGCUGUCGAGGAAAGUCGAUAGAAUCUUCGAGUUCCUUGACAGGCCCGGCAUGGAGUCACCAAACGUUGCCGUCAAAGAGAUGAGACCUCAACUCAUCGCGGCGUACGUACCAAAUGUCGACGCUGAUGGACACAAAUAUGGGCCCAACAGUACCGAGAUCCGCAGCACUAUUAGAAACGUGGACAAGAUGCUCGACGAUAUGUUCAAGGGCUUCGAGCAGAGAAACUUGACGAACAUUGUCAACGUCAUCAUCGUGUCGGAUCAUGGAAUGGCCACUACCGAUAUCACGCGGCUUAUCCAAAUGGAGGAUCUUAUCGACCUCGACAAGAUCGCUCAUACCGACGGAUGGCCGCUUGUUGGACUAAGACCUAAGAAUCCGAGAGAGCUGCAAGGGCUGUAUGAUGGACUAGUGGAUAAGGCCAAGACAAACCCCAAUUUCGAUGUUUACUUGCGAGACGUUAAUAUGCCCGAGAGAUAUCAUUUCUCGAAGAAUCACCGCAUUGCACCAUUGUGGAUCGUACCCAAAACCGGUUGGGCCAUUGUGACGAAAGAGGAGUUCAAUAUAGAAGAGGCCAAGGCGAAUGACCUCGUGUAUCAUCCUCGUGGGCUUCAUGGCCAGUCGGAUUACAUGAACCCGGCGCUGAACUUGACACGCCUCAAGAUCCAGUAA